AUGCAGAGACUUCAUAUGAGCUGUACCAUGCUGUGCCUGAUAUACAGAUCCAGAGACUUCAUGUCAGCUGUAACAUUCUAAGCCUGAUAUACAGAUUCAAAGAGACUUCAUACCACUGCAGCAUGCUGUGUCUAAUGUCAGGGCUGUCUUCAGAAAUCAUGGGGCUUCUUACAAAUCAAUUUUGUGUGGCCCCGUUGGCACACAACUGCAGAUCUGGCUGCACCCAGAUACAAACUCACAGACACACAUUCCCAGAAAUACCCACUCACAGACCCACAUUCCCAGAGAUACCCACUCACAGACACACAUUCCCAGAGAUACCCACUCACAGACCCACAUUCCCAGAGAUACCCACUCACAGACACACAUUCCCAGAGAUACCCACUCACAGACCCACAUUCCCAGAGAUACCCACUCACAGACACACAUUCCCAGAGAUACCAACUCACAGACCCACAUUCCCAGAGAUACCCACUCACAGACCCACAUUCCCAGAGAUACCCACUCACAGACACACAUUCCCAGAGAUACCCACUCACAGACCCACAUUCCCAGAGAUUCCCACACACAGAUACAUUCUCACAGAUGCUCAGCCAUUUCCAGACUAA